CUAUAAUUAGAGAACAACUAUAUAUUGAUUUAGUUGAAGAGAAUUUAGCUACCUUAAAUUAUAAUAAAGAAGUUAUAGAAAUAAAAUCUGAAAGUGAUGAUGAGGAUAUCAUAUUAGACUAUCCAACUCUUAAUAUUGAAAGUAGUGAAGAAGAAAUAUUCAAGAAUAUUGGAAAUCAUAAUAAAAGAUUUAGUUGA